GGACACGUGGGGACACGGCCAGGACAUGGGCGUCCCCGGCGCUAUCCCCGGUGUCCCUGGUGCUGUCCCCAACGUCCCCGUGUGUCCCCAGGGUUCCUGAGCACGGGGGACCAGGCGGCCAAGGGCAACUACGGGCUGCUGGACCAGAUCCAGGCGCUGCGGUGGCUGCACGAGAACGUGGGGCACUUUGGGGGCGACCCCCAGCGCAUCACCAUCUUCGGCUCCGGCGCCGGCGCCGCCUGCGUCAGCCUCCUCAUCCUCUCCCACCACUCCGAAGGCCUGUUCCAGAAGGCCAUCGCGCAGAGCGGCACGGCCAUCGCCAGCUGGUCCGUCAACUACCAACCGCUCAAGUACACGCGGCUGCUGGCGGCCAAGGUGGGCUGCGAGCGCGCCGACACCGGCGCCGCCGUCGAGUGCCUGCGGCGCCAGCCCUUCCGCGCCCUGGUGGACCAGGACGUGCAGCCCGCCCGCUACCACGUGGCCUUCGGGCCGGUGGUGGACGGCGACGUGGUGCCCGACGACCCCGAGAUCCUGAUGCAGCAGGGGGAGUUCCUCAACUAUGACAUCCUCAUCGGGGUCAACCAGGGCGAGGGGCUCAAGUUCGUGGAGGACUCGCUGGAGAGCGAGGACGGCAUCUCGGCCUCCUACUUCGACUUCACCGUCUCCAACUUCGUGGACAACCUGUACGGCUACCCCGAGGGCAAGGACAUCCUGCGCGAGACCAUCAAGUUCAUGUACACGGACUGGGCCGACCGCGACAACGGCGAGAUGCGGCGCAAGACGCUGCUGGCCCUCUUCACCGACCACCAGUGGGUGGCCCCGGCGGUGGCCACGGCCAAGCUCCACGCCGAGUACCAGUCGCCCGUCUACUUCUACACCUUCUACCACCACUGCCAGACGGACGCGCGGCCCGAGUGGGCGGACGCGGCGCACGGCGACGAGAUCCCCUACGUCUUCGGGGUGCCCAUGGUGGGCGCCACCGACCUCUUCCCCUGCAACUUCUCCAAGAACGACGUCAUGCUCAGCGCCGUCGUCAUGACCUACUGGACCAACUUCGCCAAGACGGG